AUGCAUCUCGUAGGCGAGAGCAGCAGGGCAGGGCUGCAGGGCUCUCAGAAGCGCUCUCUAGACCCGAUCCUGGACAGUCAGGCCGAUGCAUUGGAGAGACGGUCACCAUCACCAUCCCCCGCUCCAGCACCCGCUCCUGCACCCACAGCACCGCCAACACGUAGAAAUCAAUACGAGCCUGAGCACCUCCGUGUACGCGCCGAUUACUUUGAUAGACGAGUCGCAAGCCAUGAGGCUGAGGCCGACUUGCUCAAAAGGGAGAAGAUCCUCGGUCCAUUCUGGGCGCGUGACAUGUAUCAAGUGAUGGCCAUCAAGCGAGACGUUCUGCGCAAACCCACCAACGACCAGCUUGAAUGGCUGUCAAGAGCGCAGUCGGACACAUCCAAGCAAAGCAGCUUGCAGCGUCGUCAGACGGAAGCAGAGCAGAGGUGCUAUGUCGGAAACGAUGAACUCAGCUGCUACCCAACUGCUGGCACCACCCUCGUGCAAAACGACUGGAGUAGAUUCAUCUGGAACGCCAACUAUCCGCUCUUCGCUCAGGCAGGCUAUGUCGACGUUUACCUUUUUCAGGAGGACACCGACCGUAUGGUCACAUCAUGGACUUCCCAAGACAAUGGACAAAAUAGGCUCUCCUUCGAGCCAAACGAUCUCUGGUGGGCCAACCGCACUGCCGCCAACAACAUUCAGCCCAAUCAAAACAUUUCCUGGCCCUUCUACUUUGUCGUCCUUGCAGCAGGGACACCGCUCACAGGCACCACUUCGCGUCUCGCAACCUUCACGGCUGUGCAGACAACGUUGCCUUUCACCAUCGCUGAAGCCAGAGCAUCGUCCAGUUCGGCCGCCGCAGCCUCGUCUGCCAGUGCUGCUAGCGCCGCAAGUGCUGCCUCGGCCUCGGCUGAAAGCGCUUCCGCUUCCUCAUCGCCAACUCCAACGGGCAGCGCAGCAGCAGCUGCAUCCGCGUCUGCUGUCCAGUCCAGCCUGAGCGCUGCUCUCGAAUCUUCCUUGCGGGCAUCCGGUCUCAGCGGAACAGAGACGCUGCAAGGGACAACCACCGCGACGCUGCCAAACGGAUCCGUCAUCACAGCUACAGCAACAGCACAGGCCAAUGGCGGCCGUCUCGGAGGGAGUGGCAGCAGCGGCAACUCGAACGGCCUUGCACUUCCGACGUACGCGAUCGUCCUCAUCUCGGUCCUAGGCUUUCUUGCCGUGGUCGCUGCCAUGGCAGGAGCCUACUUCAUCAUGGCUGCACUUCGAAGGCGACGACAGCGUCAGUACGGUGAUGGCAGUCACCGCAGCUCGUCUCCCAUGAUGGCUGCAGCUGCUGGAUCGCUUGCUGGACGAAGCGUGACCGACGGAGGACACGCCGGUGAGACAUCACACAUGCUCGAGCACGACGAAGGAGCUGCGCUUGGAGGAGGUGCUGCAGCAGGUGCAGCGGGCGCGGCGGGCGGCGCAGCCAUGAUGUCGAGCAACUCGAGAUCAAGUCGCCACUCGGAAGAUCAACCCUUCACCUCGGACGAAGCGUCCCGCAUGGCGAACGCCUUUCGCAACGCGCUUCGCAAUCCCGAAUUCGCUCCUGGCAUGGGGGGAGGUGAUUCUUCGCCUGCCGAUGGCGAAAGUCCCGGCGAGGCGGGCGGUGGCUCGCGCGCGUCCAUGUUGUUGCGCGAAGAGCUCGCGGCUGAAGGCAAGGAUCUGAGGAACGUCGGUGAUCGCAAAAAGCCUACUUGGCACGAGGAGUGA